CCCCAGCUCCGUCUCCGUCCUGCCUUGCUGCAUCCUCCGCCGCUCUGAAGUGUACUGCAUCCUCCGCCUCGCCGGACCGCCGUCGCCGUAUUCCUCCUCCUCAACCUCGUCUUCUUCAACCGAAGGUCGCUGAGAUCAUUCACCCGGUGUGAAAAAUGAGUUUGUGGGACAGAGCUGCUUCAUUGGCGCCGAAGUUAAGUUCGACAUCAACACCAACAUUGCUAUCUAUCGACGAUGAAAACCAAGUUCAAGAUCAACCUCGGCAAGGAUCGAUGUCGUCGCCAGUACUACCUGUGCCCACGGCUGCACCGCCUCUGCUCCCCAUCACUCAGUUGGACGGAGAGAGCGGUUACCUCCGCUGGAAGGAGUCAGUGCUGCUCCGCCUCCACACUAUUGGUGUGGCCGACGUCCUGACCGAGGAGCGCCCUCUCGACGAGAAGACGGCCGCCGGCAAGCAGUGGGCGCACAUGGAUGCAUUGUGCCGUGGCCACAUCCUCGCCACGCUCUCCGACCGCCUCCUUCCGGUCUACGCUCCCCACGCCACUGCAGCUGCCGUGUGGCGCGCAGUGGCGCGCACCUAUGAUCUGGACCUAACGGUGGAUGUUCCGCUUCGAAGCGUGCCCUAUGUGAAGGCCAUCACAUUCCAGUACACGGAGGACGAGCCCGUCAUGGAACAGCUCGCGCUCCUGGAGGGCUUGACCACCAACUCAAAACUCGAUAACUCUACCUUGUGUUUCAUCGUGAAGCAGUUCCCGACAUUGAGUGAGAAGGUCGCCGCGCACGACUACCGUCUGAGCAUGGACGAGAUCUGGGAGAUCGCUCGGCGGAAGGAGCGGCUGGCCAGGGUACAGGAUAUUCGCCGUGCCAGGGACGAUCCGCAGACGUCAGACGAUCCGCAGACGUCAGACGGGCAAGGCAGCUUCUCAGAUGGGGGACAGGCGUCCAGAGACGAUGGCGGAGGAAGAGAGGACGGAGGACAAGAUUCAGAUGCGGCGAGCUUGUUAGAUAAGGUUGAAACAUAGCUUACCCAUCGUGCUCGUGCGUGGGCGUGCAUGCCACAACUAGUCAGUCCGUGUUUGUCUUGUGCGAUUUUAUUUGAACCUAGUUCAACUGGGAGUCUGGAUGGUGAUGGUGAUCUUUUGUUGGUUUGGAACCAGGCUGCGUCCUGGGUUUCCCUAUCCUUUCCUUCUGGCCGCUGUGAUGGCUUAGUUGCAGCUAGUCUUUUCAGCUGCUGUUUGUACUUCUUUUCUUUUUAGCUGCUUGUAAGAACUAUAUAUGAUCGUUUCUUUUAACGGAGAUCGA